UCCCAAGAAAAAAUAGAGAUAUCAACGGUCGAAAGGUACAAGUCCAAUUAAUGGCUUGGCACCCAAAAACCAUGAUAACAACUAUGGACAUGAGAUACUUAGAUCAAAUCCAAAGAGUUCUUUCAAGAUUCAAGUGCAACAUACUGAGCAACAUGAAGAAUCAACAGAAGAAGGAUACUUAAUAAGGCCAUUGUUACCUAGCUUUCAGAGAAUGUAUAUGUGUCUUGAAGGAUGCAAGCAAAGUUUCCUAAGAUGCAGGCGAUUCAUUGGACUUGAUGGAUGCUUCUUAAAAGGCUACUAUGGUGGAAUGAUACUAGCAGCUGUUGGUAGGGAUCCAAAUGAUCAAAUGCUUCCCAUAGCAAUUGCAGUGGCUGAAGGUGAAACCAAAGAUUCUUGGUUAUGGUUUCUAAAGUUGUUGAUAGCUGACUUAGGGGGUAAAGAUUUCUGCCAAACAAUCACAUUCAUGUCCGAUCAACAAAAGGGUUUGCUGCCAGCAAUAGAUGAGUUGCUACCAAAUGUGGAGCAAAGAUUUUGUGUAAGACACUUUUACAGUAAUUUUAGAAAGAGGUAUUCCGGGAAAGCUUUGAAAGAUUUAAUGUGGAAAGCUGCAAAGGCUAGCUACCAUCAAGAAUGGGAAAAAACAAUGAGAGAGAUAAGGUCAAUUAAUCCAGAGGCUCAUAAAUACUUGAUGCGGACUCCUCCAAGACAUUGGAGUAAAUCAUGGUUUAGAUUCGAUUCUAAGUGUGAUGUCUUGGUCAACAAUAUGUCAGAGACUUUUAACAGUGUGAUUCUUGGACCAAGAGAAAAACCUAUCGUAACAAUGUUUGAAGAAAUUAGAUGUUAUUUAAUGGAACGUUGGGCAAGAAAUAGGAGUAAGAUGAUUGAGCUUGAAGCUGGAGCAGUUUUGCCAAACAUUAAGAAAAAGCUUUUGAAGGAAAGAGAACGUUCUAGGUUCUGGAUGUGUAGGGUUUCUGGAUAUAUGUUGUUUGAAGUUUAUAACCGAAACCAAACUAGUGAACAGUAUACUGUGAAUUUGGAUGCACAAACUUGUUCAUGCAGGAGGUGGAUGUUAUCAGGCAUCCCUUGUUGCCAUGCUAUUACUUGUUAUAUGGAUAGGAAAUUGGAUCCAGAUGACUACAUUCCACAUUUUUACAGAAAAGAGGCAUAUGUUUCUUGUUAUGAGCCACUUAUCCACCCAACAAAUGGCCAAAACCUAUGGGAAACUACACCAUACCCAGACAUAUUACCACCACCGAUGCGAAAAAUGCCAGGGAGACCAAAAAAAUCAAGAAAUAAAGGCACAUAUGAGAAGGCUAAAGGCGCAAAUGAGAAGGCCAAGGAUCCAUCAUUAGUGACUAGGAAAGGUAAAGCCAAUAACUGCAUCAUUUGCAAACAAGUUGGGCACAACAAAAGAUCAUGCAAAUCCAAUGCAAAUACAUCUCAGGGUGAGACUUCAUCACAAGCUGCUACUCAAAGUGGACCUUAAUCUACACCACAUAAUGCUACUUCUCAGAAUGCUACUCAAGUUGCUACUCAAGCUGCUACUUCUUGGAAUGUUACUCAAACUGCUAAUCAACCUGCAUCUCAGUCAAACAAUGUUAAAAAGCCUGCUAAGUCUUCUAGUACUAACAAGUCCAAGUCAAAUGCACGUGUAUCUCAAAAAUUUCCAACCGGUAAGUCUACUACGGGUACUUCAUCAACUCAGCCCACUCCAAAUGCAACAAAAAGGACUUCAGCACUUUUCAAGGACAUGUUGGCUACCAAAACAACUGUCAGGCCAAAGAUGCAACCAAGGAAGCCAUCGUCUUAGUUUUAGCUUAUCCUAGGCAUCUUUUUAGCUUCUUUUUUUUUUGGUCUGGUCAAUCUAUGUAUGAUUAGACUAUGACAAAUAUGAAUUAUGGCUGUUUUGGUAGGAUUGAAUUGUAAGCCAUUAAUUUUGGAUGAAUUAAUAUGUAAGACAUCGAAUGCUAUUUUGGUUAUUUUGGCUGUAAGACAUGUUAUUAAUUGGAAAAUGUUAUGAUUAUUUUGGAAAAAA